AUGGAGAACAGACCACAGUGCAGUAUAUCACUCAAUUUAGUUGAUAACAAAGAACUACGGUCGCGUAUCAGGAAUUCAAUGGGUAUCGGUUAUUGGAAUGCCUAUACUAAAAGUGAAAAGUAUUUGUCUGAAAAACCAACAAAUAUGGAAAUUGAUUCUGCCGAAUUAGCAAAGCAUAAUAAGUCUGAUGAUAUGUGGAUAGCUUUAGAUCAUCAAGGAAAAACUGUAGUAUAUGAUAUCACAAAAUUUGCGGCGUAUCAUCCUGGAGGUGUUGAUAUACUGUUGGAAUAUGCUGGAACUGAUGCUUCAGAAGCAUUUCGAAUAGCACACUCAUAUGUUAGCACAAAUAUGAUAUCUAGAUUACAGAAAGGUUAUUUAAAACAAAGUGCACCUGGUCGAGGUGGUAUACCUAAUCAAUUAUCUCCAUUCUUUAUUCCAUCGAAGCUUCGUCUAAACAGUACAAAGAAACCUAUUUGGGAUUGGAAAGAAUACGAUAGUUAUAUUGAAUUGAUUAUUAAUUAUGGGAAUAAUAAAGUCUUUGAUAAAUUUUGUUAUGAAUUAGAUAGAUUACGAGUACUUUGUACAUGGACUAAAUGUGAUCAAGAUGAUAAACAAAUGAAUUCCAAUGGUGUACUUAUGUUACGUACAGUUUUAGAUAAUGAAUAUCAUUGUUUGAAAUUGAGACUAUGUGCUCAACUUCGUCCAGAUUUGUGUACACUUUGUUUGAAUCAAUUGGGAAUUGGUAAUUCGAAGUCAUUGUCUUCGCUUUCACCACCACCACCAUCAUCAUCAUCAUCACUAUUAAAACGAAUAGGGGAGGGAGGUGGCAGAGAAGGAACAAUCCAGUUGAGUAUCAAUUUAAUUAAACUCCUAUCUGUUACAUCAUCAUCAUCAUUAUCUUCAAUAUCUUCUUCCUCAUUUCCAUCAUUAUCAGUACAACCAAAUAUUGGUAGUAUAGAAUUAGUUGAAAAAUCGACAAAUAAUUCAUUUAGUACAAUUGGUGUUGUACUUCGUGAUAUUUGUAUUGGAUUAGAUGUUGAAAAUAGUUCCAUUUCUAAUGAGUUGUUUUUUGUUUGUUCUAUCAUUGAAUCUUAUUGGUUACAUAAUCAUCAUCAUCAUCAUAAUAAUAAUAAUAGUAAUUAUCGAUUCAUACGUAUAAAUUGGCCAGAAUCACAAGUAAAUAUGAAUAUACCAAUUGGAUAUCAUGUAAAUGUUCGUUUAAAAGAUUCCGAAGGUAAUUACGUUAUCAGACCUUAUACACCAGUAUGCAAUGAUUUAACUCUUUCAUCAAUAAUCAAUACUGAUUGUCAACAGGAAAAUUGUGUAAAUCAAUGUUGUUUAUUAAUUAAAAUUUAUCCAGAUGGGGAAUUUUCUCAACUUGUGAAUAAUAUUUCUACAAAAUAUCUUGAUGAAAUUAUAAUUGACCGAUGUCUCAAUGAACCUAAUUUUGUUUUCCGCAUUGUGAUAUGUACUACUUAUGUUGAUAGAUAUAUAAGUAGUAUGUGACACCAGUCGAAAAUAGAAUGCCUAGCAGGAGAAAGUUGAGAAGAUCGAAUAGACGAGGACGGGAACAGAAAGUAAUUGGUAUGGGAAUGAAAUAUUAAUAAAGUUCAAGACAAUUGAUUGACAUUUUUCAAAUGAAGUAUUCAACGUAUGGUAUUUAUAUCUUAUCAAGAGAAUCUGUAAUUUUGUGCCAAAAUACAUCUGGUUGUCCCCAUUUGUGUUCUCGUGCAGUACACCAUUAUUGUUUUUACCUGCUUGAGCUUGGGGAACUUUAACUAAUUAGUUGAGUAUUGCUUUUUUGUAUGAAUUGACUGUACUAAUUUGAGUUGUAAAUGCUAUCUCUCGAGUACUGUUAAAUGUACAAGGGCUACUCUAUCACUAACCGGUUGUCCACACUAUGAAAGCAUCCUGCUUCUUGAGGUACAUGAAAAGAAAAUUGAGUUAAAGAUGAUCUUGGCGCUUGUGUUUAAGACCGAUCACACCUAGAUUUCUUAUGUAUAGUUUGUUAUAUGUUAACUCCAUUCAUUAUAAACUUGACCCCAAAAGACGAAAAUCGAUAAGGAAAGUUGAAGUGUAAUGCUUUUAUGUUAGACGUUUUCUAAUCCCUUCUUUCUGUCGUAGUGAAGGCAGCACCACUGCAGAUGCUAGUUGUCUCAAGCAAACGAGGUUUCCACUUUGUCCGAUGUAGGCGCUUCCCGUAGUUGGAAUGGUUUAAUUUAGUAAAUGUUUGGCUUUUCGUUUGUUUAUUUAUUAAUUCAUCCUUGGAGAAAAAGUUGUGCUCAAUGACUUGACUAUGAUAGAAAUUAAUGAACUUAUCAAACAAAACAUUAAUACGAGGAUAUUCAGUCACCUGAUGAAAACAAUUAUAAAUUAACAAUAAAAAACUACGUACACUAUUCCAUCAGAUCGCAUUUUUACACAUUUUACCAAAACAUAUCAGUUCAAAAGUUGUGCUCGUACUGUAACGUGAUCUGUUUAUUUAUUUAUUGAAACACAUAGAUAUUGGUACAAGGG